AAGUAAGCUGUAUGCAGUAUAAUUAACAUAGUUUGGAACUAAACAUGUCUGGCCAAUUUUCUAGCCUAUCACUGAAUGAGGGAGGUUAUGACUACAAGUUCAUAGAAGAACCUGCAGACUCUCUCAAGUGUCUCAUUUGUCUGCUAGUAGUUAGGGAGCCACAACAACAUGGCGGCUGUGGGAAGCUAUUCUGUAAGAGCUGUAUAACUAAGUACAGGAGGAACGAUUGUCCUCACUGCAGACAACCAAUCAGGGCAUCUGGUUACCAGCAAUUUGGGGGAACCAUCUUUAACGAUUUCAAGAGUGACCAAGAGGUAAAGUCUCUGCUAGUAUACUGCACGACCAGCUGUGGUUGGCAGGGGGAGCUGCGAUCAGUCGAAAAUCACGAGAAGAACAAAUGCGAAAAUAGUACUAUUUUAUGCCCAAAUGCUUGCCACGUCACGUUUCUAAGAAAAAAUCUUCAGCUUCAUCUUGAGACAGAAUGCCUAAAGCGACUUACAAGCUGCCUAAAGUGUGAGCAAGAGAUGGAAUAUCGAGAUCUGGACAACCACAUGGCAAGCGAGUGCCCCAAGAGACAGUACACAUGCCCACACUGCAAUGAAGCUGGUGUGUAUGAUGAGAGAACUACUACACAUCUGGAAGUCUGUCCUAAAGUAGAGGUCGAGUGUUCGAAGUGCUCACGUUUAGUUUUACGCUGUGAUGAAUCUGAUCAUCCUUUGGAUUGCCUGAAUGAACCAGUUUUUUGCAAGUACUACAAUAUUGGAUGUGGAGAGAAGCCACUAAGAAAAGAUUUGACUAAUCACGAGGAAAAUGCUCAGCUUCACCUUUCAUUAGCAACUGAUAAGAUAUUGAAAUUAACUAAUAUGCUAGUCGUAAAAAACAUACUAACGUUUAAAAUAAAUGGGUAUAAAGAGAAACAAGAUAAAGAUCAUCAAUUUUUAAGCCCAGCAUUUCGUACUUCAGAAUCAGGCUACAAGAUGUGCCUGAGAGUUGAUGCCAAUGGCAGGGGUGAUGCUAAGGGCACUCAUGUUUCAGUAUUUGCCUGUCUCAUGAAGGGAGACAAUGAUGACUCCCUGUUCUGGCCGUUCACUGGGACAGCCACAGUCGAGCUACUUAACCAACUGGAGGACAAGAACCAUCACAAGGAGACAAUUGCAUUCCCAGCAGGCAGAGUGUACACUCAAAGAGUGGUCAGCCGUGAGAGAGGGAGAGGAUAUGGGUAUCCUGAGUUCAUCUCCCACGCUGACCUCGCUCACAAGCCUCUUACAAACACUCAGUACCUCAAAAACGACACUCUAAUAUUUCGAGUAUCUGCAGAAGCUCCUGACUACAAGCCAUGGCUGGAGUGUACCAAGUGUGUUUAGUGACUUUAUUACAUAGGGCAGGACUAAUUGUGUGAUAUUGCCUAUAGUAGACUAGUGCUAGAACCUCUAUACAUAUUAUACAGUAGCUAUAUACCUCGUGUCAAAACCAUUAGUUUCAAUCUUA